AUGGAAGCUCAAGGUGGCCGCCGUCUCUGGCCACAUUUGCUUCUCUCUAUGGCUUUAGCAACACUUUUAAAUACUUCUGUUUCUGCUGACUCUUACGUCUAUGCUUCUCCACCUCCUCCUUAUGAAUAUAAGUCGCCUCCUCCACCUUCUCCAUCUCCCCCGCCUCCCUAUGUAUAUAAGUCACCUCCUCCGCCUUCACCAUCACCCCCGCCUCCCUAUGUAUACAAGUCACCUCCACCGCCUUCACCAUCACCCCCACCUCCCUAUGUAUACAAGUCACCUCCUCCCCCGUCACCAUCACCCCCGCCUCCCUAUGUAUACAAGUCACCUCCUCCCCCAUCACCAUCUCCGCCACCACCUUAUUAUUAUAAAUCACCUCCUCCACCUUCUCCAUCACCACCUCCUCCAUACUAUUACAAAUCUCCUCCGCCUCCUUCCCCGUCUCCUCCUCCACCUUACUACUACAAGUCUCCCCCACCCCCGUCGCCUUCCCCUCCUCCUCCAUACUACUACAAAUCUCCCCCUCCUCCAUCUCCCCCUCCUCCUUCCCCAUACUACUACAAAUCCCCACCGCCACCAUCCCCAUCUCCUCCUCCUCCAUACUACUACAACUCCCCUCCUCCUCCGUCACCAUCUCCACCACCACCAUACUACUACAAAUCCCCACCGCCACCUUCUCCAUCUCCUCCUCCACCAUAUUAUUACAAGUCUCCACCACCACCUUCUCCAUCUCCUCCUUCACCAUAUUACUACAAGUCCCCUCCCCCUCCUUCACCCUAUUACAAGUCUCCACCACCCACUUCUUACUAUCCUCCUCACUCUUACCAUCCUUUGGUUGUAAAAGUUGUUGGAAAAGUUUAUUGUUAUAAAUGCUAUGAUUGGACAUACCCAAAAAAAUCUCAUGACAAGAAACAUCUCAAAGGUGCUAUAGUAGAAGUGACAUGUACAACUGGUAAAAAAGAAAUUUUGGCCUAUGGUACAACCAAGAUAAAUGGCAAGUUUGCAGUCACUCUUGAUGGCUUUGAUUACAAGAAAUAUGGAGUUGGGGCAUGCAAAGCCAAGCUCCAUGCACCACCUAAAGGUUCGACAUGUAAUGUCCCAACAAACCUCCAUUGGGGAAUUAAGGGUGCCAAGUUAAAGGUGAAGUCCAAGACUGAAUAUGAAGUUGUGCUCUCUGCCGAGCCUUUUGCCUAUGCCCCAAAGACUCCAUCGAAAGAGUGUGAGAAGCCUAAGCCAAAGCCUACUCCUUCACCAUAUUAUUACAAAUCACCUCCUCCCCCACUAUACUACUAUAAAUCACCCCCACCUCCUCCAACUUAUGCAUAUAAAUCACCUCCACCAUACUACUACAAAUCUCCUCCACCACCGUCUCCAUCACCUCCACCACCAUACUACUAUAAGUCUCCACCACCACCAUCGCCAUCACCUCCACCACCUUACUACUAUAAGUCUCCCCCACCACCAUCACCAUCUUCUCCACCACCAUACUACUAUAAGUCUCCACCACCACCAUCACCAUCACCUCCACCACCUUACUACUAUAAGUCUCCCCCACCACCAUCACCAUCACCUCCACCACCAUACUACUAUAAGUCUCCACCACCACCAUCUCCAUCGCCUCCACCACCAUACUACUAUAAGUCUCCUCCACCACCAUCACCAUCACCCCCACCACCAUCUCCAUCACCUCCACCACCUUACUACUAUAAAUCUCCCCCACUGCCUUCACCAUCUCCUCCACCACCAUACUACUACAAGUCUCCACCACCACCAUCGUCAUCUCCUCCUCCACCAUACUACUACAAGUCUCCACCACCACCUUCACCAUCUCCUCCACCACCAUACUAUUACAAGUCACCUCCUCCACCCUCUCCAUCUCCUCCCCCACCUUACUAUUACAAAUCACCUCCUCCUCCAUCUCCUUCUCCACCGCCGCCUUACUAUUACAAAUCACCCCCUCCACCAUCUCCAUCUCCACCGCCGCCUUACUACUACAAGUCUCCACCACCACCAUCCCCCUCUCCUCCACCACCUUACUUUUACAAAUCUCCCCCACCACCAUCCCCAUCUCCACCCCCACCAUACUACUACAAAUCUCCUCCACCACCAUCCCCAUAUCCUCCACCAUCAUACACCUACAAGUCUCCACCACCACCAUCACCGUCUCCUCCACCCCCUCCAUCACCAUCAACCCCUCCAUCAUAUUACUAUUCAUCUCCACCACCACCAAUUCAUUACUAAGUGUAGAUAGUUCAGUUCAU